CAAAUGUAAAGGAUAACAUAAUUUUGAGAACUUCACUACCCACAAUCCAGUGUAGUGGGCAACGGCGGUGUGCGUCAGGUCCAACAGAUCAGACGGACAGAAGAAAGGGAGGAGACAUCCAUCCUUAGCUACUAGCUACUCGGUGCAGGGAGGCUUUUAACAAUUAUUGGAUUUUAGUGUAAACUGUGAGAAUCCCUUUUUGGCCCAAUAUAACGACACACUUCCCCCCUGCCCCGACAUACUCGCACAUAGAUAUGAGCGGCAGCGGGCGGCCCAGGACCAGCUCGUUUGCUGAGCCACCGGGGGCUCCCGGAGCUGCCGCAGCAGCCGCCGGAUCAGCCGUGGCCGGCGGGAGCACCUCAGGAAAGUCCGGGGCUUCGCAGGCCGCAGGGGGGAGUUCAUCUGCCUUUGGGAACUUGCGGCUUAGCAGAGACAGCAGUAAGGUGACCACAGUAGUGGCAACCCCAGGCCAAGGCCCUGACCGACCACAGGAAGUGAGCUACACAGACAUUAAGGUGAUCGGCAACGGCUCGUUUGGCGUUGUGUACCAGGCACGCCUUGUUCAGUCUCAGGAGAUGGUGGCCAUCAAGAAGGUGCUGCAGGACAAGCGCUUUAAGAACCGUGAGCUGCAGAUCAUGCGGAAGCUGGAUCACUGUAACAUUGUCAGGCUACGCUACUUCUUCUACUCCAGUGGAGAGAAGAAGGACGAAGUGUAUCUGAACCUGGUUCUGGACUUUGUGCCGGAGACAGUCUAUCGUGUGGCCCGGCACUUCAACAAGGCCAAGACCACCAUCCCCAUCAUCUACGUCAAGGUAUAUAUGUACCAGUUGUUCCGCAGUCUAGCGUACAUUCACUCCCAGGGCGUGUGCCACCGCGACAUCAAACCCCAGAACCUCCUCGUGGACCCUGACACCGCCGUGCUCAAACUCUGUGACUUCGGCAGUGCCAAGCAGCUGGUGCGUGGUGAGCCCAAUGUGUCGUACAUCUGCUCUCGGUACUACCGAGCACCUGAGCUCAUCUUCGGUGCCACGGACUACACGGCCAACAUCGACGUCUGGUCUGCGGGCUGCGUGCUGGCGGAGCUUCUGCUCGGGCAGCCCAUCUUCCCAGGGGACAGCGGCGUCGACCAGCUGGUGGAGAUCAUCAAGGUGCUUGGGACCCCCACCAGAGAGCAGAUCCGAGAGAUGAACCCCAACUACACAGAGUUCAAGUUCCCCCAGAUCAAAGCCCACCCCUGGACCAAGGUGUUUAAACCACGCACACCUCCGGAAGCGAUCGCUCUGUGCAGCCGUCUGCUGGAGUACACGCCUGUGUCACGUCUGUCGCCCCUGGAGGCCUGUAGCCACGGCUUCUUCAAUGAGCUCCGCCUUCCCAACACACGCCUGCCCAGCGGCCGAGACCUGCCACACCUCUUCAACUUCAGCCCCGUGGAGCUGUCAAUCCAGCCCCAGCUAAACUCCACCCUCAUUCCUCCUCAUGCUCGUACACAGACUACACCUGAGGGCGGUGUGUCAGACAGCCAGCCCCAGUCCAGCUCGGUGUCCGGCCCCCUGAGUAACAGCACCUAAGGGGCCCUCAGCACUGCGGCGGAGUCCCCCAACACCUCACUGCCCCCUGUUGCAAACCCCUGUCCACACACACACAUAAACACACACACCUGUGCACUCAUGUAGAUCUGGUAAAUGCUCCUAGGUUUCUUCAUCGUCUUCAUCAUUGCCAAACCCCUGGCUACACACACACACACACACACACGCACACACACACACACACACACACACACACACACACACACACACACACACACACACAAACACAACCAUGUUUGCGCAGAGGGUUGAAUCCUGUGUGCACUCAUGCAUAACUGAUAUCACCAUCAUCAUCAUGGCUAUACUAACCUCUGCCCCCGACCAGAUGUGAAGAAGAUGAUCAGAGCUGUCAGGAAGGUGUGUGAGUGGAGAGAGCCGUGUGUGUGUGUGUGUGUGUGUGAGUGUGUGUCCAAAUUUGGAAGCUGUUCUGAGCAGCACUACGCUGCUGUAGCCCCCUGCUGGUCAGGCGCUGUCAUGGGAACAGGCCGGCAGGAUGAGGGCCUGAGAGACUCAAGCGGUCGCCCCCCCAUGGACAGACAUCAUGUUUUUACUGCCCAUUUUAGAGAGGCGCUAGAUGGACUAAGUCGCUUUUUAACAGACAAGUAUGUUUUAGAAUCUGGGAUUGACGCACACUCACACACAUUCACUCCAGCAUGAGGAGAGGUUUUAAGCAGAGGUCUUCAGACCUGUCAAUCUGAGAUUUUAAUACAUCUGGUUAAUCUUAGGAAAGAAUGCCUGAGAACACACACACAUGCACAGACACACAGGGGGAAGUUUGGAUGACAUCAGAUGCAUCUCUGGCUUUUUACUCCGAGCUCCUAGCACACACAUGCACACACCUUCUCCCACACACACACACACACACACACACACACACACACACACACGGUCACACAGUUGGUUUAUUUUACACCGUUUUUUAGUUUAACCUGACAUCAUUUUGGGGUGCUGGGUUUCUUUAAAGAGGAUGCACUUUAGUGUUGCACUGUCUGUCUGUCUCUCUGUGUGUGUGUGUGUGUUUGUUGGUUUUCCUCUGCUCAUCAUCUCACAAGAGACAGUCUCACACACACACACUUACACACACACACACAUACGGUUCAACCCCACACACACACAC